GCCAGAGAUGUCGCGACUAGCGUACCUGCUGGCGGUCGCCAGUGCGUCUGCCCAGUUGACCCUGGACGGCAUCAGGUGCGGGCAGCUCACCUGCCAGCUGGACGAAUACUGCUCCUCGGAGACGAACAGAUGCGCCCCCUGCACCACUGUCUGCAACAAGACCCAUCAUAACUACGACGCUGGGCUCUGUGUCAAGGAGUGUCAAGGCUAUCUACUAGAUUUGAGAUAUCUACGCAGAUCCGAAACAUCCCCACCACAGAAUGAUAUGAGCAGCGUGCAACGUCAAGCUCAGACUGCCCUGAUAGUGAGUGGAGUCGCGCUGGCCGUUCUGGUGCUCGUGCUCAUCAUCCUGUGCCGCGGGAAGGUCUCCUGGCAGUAUUUGAAGCAGAAGUGCCAGCCGAGCAAGAAUCGGGUGAAGCAGUACCCAGCAGAGCUAACACACCACAAUCCCCAUGCCGAAUCGAACUCGAAACGAGAGUUCAAAUUGCAAAUCCGCGACCCUGCACCGUCCCGAAGGACCAGCCAACCGCUGAAUGUAAAGGAUUUGGAAACGAGAUCGUCGCAGACGGAAAAGAGUCAGGGAGCCCUCACUCCGAAGACUAUAAGCACCGCCAUCAGCAACCGACAUCCAGCGGAAGAUACCACGUUGGAUUUCUCGUACGAUAACAUGGGAAUGAACGUUACUCCUCCGGAACAGCCGGCCGCCAGCCACAAGUUCUGAGGGUGCGCCAACUUGAACGAGGCGUUUGUGAGAAUAGUCACUCUCAAUUCUAUCGAUGUGUAUGAUGAUAUACUUACUAACAAAUGACUUAUUUAUAUUCUUGAUGUAAGUUUUUGCCAAUGUUUUCUUAAAUAACCCUUACAUAUUUGAGGUAAAGUAUGAGUUGCGAUGUAAAAUGUUACUUGCAUAUUAAGGGUUCUCAAAGUAUAGGCAAUAGUGGCCAAAACGGACAUAGUAAUUGUAGGUGCGUUCAGUAUUUUAUAAUUGAUAUUCAAAUCAGUACUUAAUUGGUGUGUACUUCAUUAUUAAUAAAACAGUAUAUACGUACUACUUAAAAUUAUAGCGCGAAAUGCGUCGCGCAACGUGUCGGCCGUGUCGUGUUGAUUGUAUCUUACGGGUACAUCUCAUCAUAUAACUCGGCUUUGAGAUACGUUGCGCGUCAUGUUGCGCGCCUGUUGUCUAGUUUACGAGGUUGUAUUAUAAUCCCGUACAAUAGAGAGCACACCUGUGGCUUAUGACCACUUAUUUAUAGUAGAAUGCACUUACGUUAAGUAACUGUAAAGGACUGAUGCUCAGUGAAGACAAUGGACAACAAAGCAGUUUUUAUAUAAUGUAAAUCUUAUAUUAAUAACCUUAGCUUUCAUAUUACAUUGACACCAUAUUCUAAGAUAGCGUUAUUAAAAUACGAACGUUAACUUUAUAAAAAUAAGGUUUUAAAUAGUUUAACGUAAAUAGCUUUGUUGUGCUACGUCCUGAUUGGUCUACAGCGUUGGUUUUAUAGAGAUUAUUGUUUAAAAUGAGAAGAUCUAGAAUCUAGAUACACCUAGUCCGCUGGGACUUAGUGCUCAAUAUCUGGAGCGAGGAAAUCUUUGUAAAAAAUUGGGAUGGAAUUGCGAACGAAAGAUCUUGUAAAAGCGAUUAUAAAACGAUAUUAACAGUAUUGAAAUAAAUAGUUUGUAAUAAGGAAUAUAUAUAGUAUUAUCACAAAUUUCAUCACAAGUACUUAAGCAGUAGUUCCGAUCAUUGUAUUUAGAUCUGCAAAUGUAAAAAAAUAUAUAAGCAAAAUAUUUUUAAAAUACUUACUAUACCCAAUUUAACCUGCCUUAACGGAAUUGUGUAUUUUACGCGCCUGCCCUUUGUUUAUUAGAUUUAUCAAUUAUGUACCUUAUUAAAUCUAACAUAAAAACCAUGACCUAAAUCCGUUUAAGAAAAGAACAAGAUAUAAGCUCUUGAAAUACGGUGGACGGAUAGAUGUCAAAAAACCGAAUAACCUAAUGAUAUCUAGUGACGUCAUCAGGCAUUAAGAUGCGUGAAACAAAAGAGAUAGCGUGCUAUCUUCAUUUUGUCACAUUGUAAUUAGUGAAAUAUUAAUUCCUGACCCAUUUCUUAACCAACUUUAUUGUUGAUUUCAGAAAAGAGCUUCUUCUUUGAUAUUAUACAGAAUAAUUGUCAGAACGCAAAUUGUCAUCAUGAUAGAAUGUUUAUAUGAUAUGUACUGCCUCACACAUUCUACUUGAUUUCUGGAAUAGAUGCUUUUGCUUUUUAGGAAUUUAGCCUUUAUAAAUAAAUUUUAUGAUCCAGUUUCAAUUUAUAUUCCCACAUACUACAUUAAAACAAUUUGAUAGCCAAUACGCCGAAGAGAUUAAGUACUGUUGAAAAAUUUCUAUGUAUCGUAAAUAAUUAGUGAGUAGGUCCCCGAUAGGUAAUGUAGGUUGAAUUGGGUAUUACACUUAAAAAGGUAUUUUAUUAGACUUAAGACUACGUAUAAGAUGGAACGUGUAUUCAUAUAGCAAUAAUUAAUAGAAAUUAACAUAUCAUAAUGAAGUUUUAUAUAAAUAAGUUGUAUAAUGUAUAUACGACUUUAUGUCGUUAUGCUGAACUUCAAAAUUUAUUGGCAGCUUUAAGCUUAGUUGUGCACACCUAGCGAGAUUCUAGAUAUGAUCCCAAAGUCGGACAUUACAUUUUUAAAUUUGUCCGGUAGAUAUGACGUUAGUUUCGCUUUAUUCGACGUUAUAUUGUGGAUAUACUGUACUUACCUUUUAGCGGGAAUAAGCAUAAGGUCAUAUUUUGCAUAAUAAGCAUCAAUAAACACUCGGCAUACCCGCAGUGUCGUAUUUUGUGAUUAAAAAUUCAUUCUAAGAAGUUCAGUUUGCUCAUAUUUUAUAAUGCGUUAUAUUUAUGUAAGUCGAGUUUGACUCGUUUUAAAAAUAAAUAUAUUAUCAGCUUGGCUGAGGUAGUUUCUUUUUUUGUCAAUGUAUGUUGAGUGUCACGGCUGCCAAAUGAAAAGACAUUGCUGAACGAAAAAUAGAAAGUUCAUUCGGUAUUGUCGUACAUGGCAAUACGUGUUUGUAUUGAGGUUACGUACGUAUGAGAAUGGAUGCUGGGGAUCAUUUUGAGAACUGUUCGAUCUUUGGUUUCUUCUAAUAUGGGUUUAAACAAUGUUUACAGUUUUGAACCGACACUGCAUUGCAAUAUAAAUUAUCUUAGAAUUAUUUCUCGUACGUACAUAAAAUUUCAAUUCUGUGUAAUAGUUUUUGUUGUCUAUCAACUAGCAUUAGUUAUAAGUGUGCAAUGUGUUGUCCUUCGACGCAUCUAUUAGAUUUGCAAUUUAAUUAACAAUGUAUAUUGUAAUUUUGAGAACAAUUAACUAACGUGCUAACUAUGUGUCAGUAAUUUUGUCUACUUUGUCUACCUAUUACUCAAGUAGCCUUUUAACGCUUGUAAUCACAUAAUAACACGUUAUUGUCUCUAUUGCUUGGGGAUAAGUGCUCAAAAAUCAGUGUUCAUUUUGGUACCGUUUUACCCUGUGUGCGUGUAGCAGUUGCAAAACCAGCCUAAUAUUAUUGAAAUAAAAUAAUAGAUUAAUACAAAUUCUUAAAAACAGUAUGAAACUUCAAGAACUCGUCGAAAUAUAAUUGCCGAUAUAUUUUUUACCUACAUCAGCCAAUUUUUUGUGCCUUUGGUGCGCCAUUGUAUGAAUAAAUUUCUAGAUCUGCCUCCGAAAAUAUCCGGUUAAUAAUAAUCCUCAGUUCUAGUGAACACUCGAAGCGAAUUCGGUUUGUUUUUUUUUCAUUAUUUUCCGUGUUUCCGAUGAAGGGCGCUGUGAUUAAGUCGUAUACUGAUAAUUAUUUUCGACGUGUUCGCGAGAGUGCGACUGCAUCCAAAUAACGGUUGAAUUGAUUCGAUUGCUGCUGAAGUGCUAUCCGGUUUUUUGACUGGAGUUCAUACUUACCAAUGAUUUUUAACUGGUGUUUUACUCUUUGUUUUGUUUUAAAUAAUUUGAGACGAUAAAUGGUUUAAUAUUUUGGUCACUUCAUAACAUUUCUUAGGAUUAUUUUAGUUGUACGUUUAAGGCUUACAACGUGCGAGUAAGUAGGGUAAAUAUUUUUUAAGACAAUCUACUGAUAAUUAACCACCGCUUUUGACUAAUAAAUCCAUCUUCACAAUCGAUUUCGAAAGCCAGGAAAAUUACAGAAGGCAGGCCGAAAUUGAUCUCUAACUUAUGCUACACUAAAAAUUUCCAGGCCGCUUUGAUGAAAAACAAAGAGUAGAUUCAAUCUUUAUAACAAGUGUAUUUAUAUAUUGGAUUGGGCAAGUUUUUUCACGUCUGCAUUUUUUAAGUUUUAGUUACGAUUCCCUCCUUCUACAAGGCCGCUCGCACGUCAGACAGACGUCACUCGGUUUAGUAAAGUGGCCAGUGACAUGUAUUCUUUUGUUACCGCUGUUACUAUAUAUAGCAGCUCGCCAGUAGGCGUGAGGCGGAGGCGAGCUACUACUAUGCGAGUGAAUGGAACUGACAGCAGCUCGCACGAUGUAAGCAAGCGAUUAUGUUAAAUUUACAAGCAGAUAUAAGUCAUAUAUUAUUCGAUUUCGCGGUAAUAUUUUAGUUAGUUAUGAUAAUGCUAUUUUUUAGUAAAUAGAGGAUGACCCAUAAGUGCCUUUUGUUAGUAGUUUUAGCUCUCAAAGAGAUAUUAUUUUAUAAGGAUCCCAAAAUGGAGGAUAAGACCGGAUUCCAAUAAAGACAUCUACGUGCAACUUUUUAUAAGUUAUAUUUUUUAAUUAAAGAUUCACACAUAGCGGGGAUCGAAUAAUAACUAUUCCAACAUCAGAGCGUACAAUUUAAUGAAAAUGAUUUUAUUCCUAGAAUUUAUACAAGCUCCAUAUUUCACCAUAAGCUUUCGUAGUAUAUCAAUAAUGGUUACACCUUUGUGAAUUUUCGUACUUUAUAUUAAAAUUCCAGGUAAAUUACGCUUUUAGUCUUAAAAUUCUGUUAAAAACGUACAGAAACUGCAACAGGCUUUAUAAUAGGACUUGUUAUUACAUUGUUUCCGCGAAUUUUGGUCAAUGAAAGAACGUUGAUCAAAUUUUAAAAAUAGCCGCAUAUUUUGACGUUUUUCGUGAUGACAAGAUACGGCGAUAAAAACGCUUGCAGGUACCGAGUAUUCAUUUCAAAAAAAGAAAAUUAGAUUGUUUAGUUUUUGCCGAAAAUGGAAAA